CAGGUAGAACUCGGAUCUGUUCAAAACUACUUCCACAAAUGGAUUUGACAUCAGGGAAAACAGGCAGAGUCUACUUACGACCACAAAAGUCUGGAAAAAAAUGGAAGCCUGUGUGGUUGACCCUGAUCCCUCCGAGCAGCAGUGCAGUCGGACGAAUCGAGAUACAGGAUCAAGGAGGUACACUGGGGGAGCCCGGACGGAGGAGGCACCAGGCUCUGGGAGAAAAGAAGCCCAAAAUCAUCAGACUGUCUGAGCUGCUCAAUGUGCUGAGACUGCCCCCCAACGCAGAGGCCUGUCCCAUGGAGAACAUGUGUGCAUUCUGUGUGGAGACUCAGGAGAGGACUUUGGUGUUUGCUGCUCUCAAAAGCGACUGUGUCGAGUGGGUCGACAAACUUUGUCACAGCACAUUUCAGAAAACUAGUGUCCCAGACCUAAAGCCUCAAAUGGAGGAGAACGCCAUCUACGCUUCAGCGGACCAUGUGUCAGAUUUCCGUGUGACGGUGGAGAAGACAGACGCAGCUGCACGAUGUGGCCUGCAGGGAGUGUACUGGCUGCAGGUGGGCCGUGAGUCGCUGCUGCUCAAAGACACACAGAGGAGCACAGUGCAGGAGUGGCCCUACGAAGUGCUCCGGAGAUACGGGAAGGACAAGGGCUCGUUGUCCAUAGAAACAGGACGGCGUUGUGAUUGUGGUCCGGGCACCAUCAUCUUCGACACCCCUCAAGCCGAAACCAUCUUCAGCGUAAUCCAAUCCACCAUCAAACGCAAGACCAUGCACACGGCCCCCCACUCUGGAGAGGCUUUGGAGGUGGAGAAAUCAGUCACUGCGAACAGACAGGCCCACUCCCCUUUACCCAGAACCCCCGAGCUCAACAGACUAUCAGUGUCAUCAGCCAUCUUUGAAAACAAACUCAAAAUGGACAGCGAAGAGGCGACAUCAUCACAUCCAGCCCCGAUAACUUUAAUGCCUCUACCUUCACUCCCCACACAAGAAAUUAGAUCUAAAAGUGUUAUAGACAAUGUUUAUGCUGAUCCUAAUGAAUGUAUGCAAUCUCCAAAAUUUAGCACGGCUUUGUAUGUCGACCCCGCCAGCGUUCUUCCGCUAAAACCACCCGAAACAGCAGAACCUGGCCAAAACAAGCUACAUUCAGUCUACUCAGAGGUGUUUGAUAAAGUUAGCAGUGGUCGGAGGGCUGUAAAGUUUGCAGAUGACGAUCAUAUCUACUGUGAGCCAGUGAAAGGGGCAGAGGAGAAGGAGAAGACGGAAGAGGAGGAGGUGAAGAAGGCGGAUCCAUUUGCUCACCUGUACGCGCAGGUGUGCAAAACAAACAAAGGAGUACCAUCGCCACAGCCAAGAGAAGAGGAGAGAGAGAAGGAGGAGAGAGAAAGGGGGGAGGGUGAUGUCAUUUAUGAGAGCCUGGGAAUUAUUUAAAAGUAGGUUUCACUUUAAAAUGUGAUCAAAGUCUUGGAGUAAAAGGAUAAAAAAGG